AUGCUCCAAGCACAAGGUUUCCUUCAUUAAGCAACUCGUAUUGUAGAAGUUAUCUGACGCCAUCAGUUGCGUUUACACAAGACCCUGCUAAAAGAUGGAUGAUGAUGACUUUGGAGGAUUUGAGGCAGCAGAGAGUUACGAGUUUGGAAAUGGUGAAAAGCAGACCACAUCACCUGCUAUUGCUUGGGCAGCAUUUCCAACAGUGCCUGAAGUCCAUAGAUCUCCUGAUAUUCUCCUGGAGCACUCUGUGCCUUCUUCCUGCCUGGUUCCUUCUGACUCCUUCAUUUUAUCAAGUGAUAAUGUGGCAACAGCUAUUCAAACAGGCAAGAGUGUGAUAAAUCCAGCUGUUCCUGAAGAAGAGAUUCAGGCAGAUAUUCCAAUUGCCUCUUCAAAUGUAAUUGAAGACAAGACUUUAGCUGAUGUUGAGAUAAAGAGAACAAAUGAACCUAAGAGCUGCCUUCAACAAGCGGUUGCAAACCUCGAAAUCAAGCUUUGCAGUGCUGAGGAAGAAAAACUAAAAAUCAAACAGGAAUUGGAAUAUUUGCUGGAAAAACAUAGUGUGCUAGAAAUGGAAUUCUUGAAGGAAAAAAAAGAAAAAGUGCUUCCACAUCAAGAUCAUUACAAGACACUCCAGGAAAAGCAUAAGCAGGAAUUAGAAGACAUGAGAAAAGCUGGACAUGAAGCCCUAACUAUUAUUGUUGAAGAAUUCAAGGCACUGCUAGAAUCUACAGUUCAGCAGCAAGAAGCAGCUAUUGAAAAGCAGUAUAUAUUAACCAUUGAAAAGCAUUCUCGCAAAUGUGAAGACCUCCUUGAUGCUCAGCAUCAGCGACUUCUCGACAUUUUAGAAGCAGAAAAGGAAGUAUUAUCACAAAAGCUAGAAGAAGCUAUGAUGCAGCAGUCGGAAAAGCACAAGGAAGUGCUGGACAAAUGUUUGGAUGAGGAAAGAUGGAGAAGCAAGGAGGCUCUGGCAGCUGCUGCAAAGGCUGAAAAUGAAGUAGUGCAGGAAGCUGUUCUGAAAGCAGUAAAGGAGGAGAGGAGAAAUAUGGAGAAGAUUCAUGCAGAAGAAAGAAAACUGUGGGAAGCAGAACGUGAUAGUCAUAGAGAGAAGAUUGCCCAGGCUGUUUCAGAAGCCAUGGAAGAGCAAAGAAAGCAGAAUCAGGAAAUUGUCAAGAAAGCAUUAAUGGAGGAGCAGAAACGAAGUGAAAAGGCAAUCGAAGAAGCAGUAAAAAGAACAAGAGAGGAACUGAUGGAAUAUAUUAAAGAGCAGAAGAGGCUUGAUGAAGUUGUCCGUCAGAGAAAUCUGCAUAGUUUGGAACUUUUCCUUUCAUGCGCACAGAAACAGUUAAACGUUUUAUUAAAGGAAGAGUCAACCCCAGAGGAAAACAGAGACUGACAUUCUCAGUGCUGAUGAUACAGUGUGACUUGUGAAGCUGCAAAUCUCCAUCUAGCAAAUGAUGAAUAUAUUCCAAUCUUUUUGGAUUGUAUCAUUGAGUCAAGAUUGAUCUGAAAUGCUUGAUAGAAAUGUUUGUGGAUGAUGUUCUUCUAUUUAUUUAUUUAUUUCACUACUAUAAUCAGAUAGCAAAUAUGAGAGGGAAAAAAAUCCUUGGAAAAUAAUUUGUUUUAUUUAGGAUUUUUAGGAUUUUGCUUUCAUUAUAUUUUCCAGUAGCCCAUGGUAGAAAUUCUAGAUAACUGCAGCAAUGACGAAAACAUUUCUCUGUUGUGUCUUUUAAAUUUGUUAACAUGAUUCACCAUUAUUUUUGAUAUUUCAAAACAUGGAGACAAACAUUUAGUUGAUUAUAGGUAUAAGUCCACCUCUAAUUCCAAAGUAAUAUUCCAAGUCCAUUGCCUCAGGAGAGCCUGAGUAGCUUAUUAUUUCUUACUGCUUUGAUGUAUAACAAUAGAAUCAGUACUGUGAUAAAUAUAGCAUUGGAUAAAAAUUCGUGAAGGAGAAUAAAGAAUUAUAUAUUAUAUUUGUAAUACUGUAAAGAUACAAAAUGUAAAAUAAUCCAGAGAUUCCUUCCCGAGUCGGACAGUAACGAUCGAUGGCGACGCUUAUCAGCAUGAAAUAAAGAGCAGGACACAGGCAAUCAAACUGGACAAUAAGAGUAGCCCGGUCGAGAUAUCCAUCUGCUCCGCACCCAAACUGGCCACUCCGCCCCGGGAGAUGCAAUCAGAAGACACUCAGAGCCAUUCGCAUGUGAAAGGACUCUGCUCCACCGACCAUUGACUCAGCUCAACAGAUCCGGGAAGUCUAUUCACCCACACAUCUAGACUCUUUGUUGGACUGUGCCCAUCCCGGGUUUUGCCUCAGGAUACAAAAAUCCUUAUAAAAACCCCGGACCUCAGUCCCUUCCUCGUGGAUUUGGGAAAUCUGUACCUCUGGGUACAGACCCCUGUCCACCCGGC